AAGUAAACAGGUCAAUCCGUCAAAAUGAAUGUCGAAACGAGCCGCAAUUUGGAGCCGCCCGCACCACCUCGCCGCGUGCAGCGGCGUGGGUUUCUGUGUCGCUGGUACGCCAUCUGUGCCAUAUGGGUGUGCCUGAUACUCACCUACCAGUACACGCGACGGAAGCCGAAGUCGGCCGCUGCGCCGGGGGAAAAAGAGGUCCGACUACGGUUGCGGAAACAUAA